CCUGAUUCCUAGGAAAAACUGAAUCAUGGGAUUGAAGAGGACCUGGUUGCUGUGGCUGUUGCAGAAGUUCUGCUGAGUCUUCAAUCUGGACGUACCAAGUAUUUUUCUAUUUGAGGGUAAAAGACAACAGCAGCCGUGCCCCGACGCGCCCCUACCCCCAGCGGAGCGGUCAUGUGGCAGGAAGCCCGCAAACAUGAGCGCAAGCUGCGCGGGAUGAUGGUGGACUACAAACGCCGCGGCGAGCGCCGGCGGGAGUACUACGAGAAAAUAAAAAAAGACCCAGCCCAGUUCCUGCAGGUUCAUGGCCGGGCCUACAAGAUCCACUUGGACUCAGCAGUGGCGCUGGCUGCUGAGAGCCCCAUCAACAUGAUGCCGUGGCAGGGAGACACUAGCAACAUGAUUGACAGGUUUGAUGUGAGGGCACACCUGGACUACAUUCCGACCUACACGCCCCCCCUUCUCAACACUGUGACCCCGGAGCAGGAGUCAGAGGAGAGGAAAUGUAACUACGAGCGCUACAGAGGGCUGGUGCAGAACGACUUCGCCAGCAUCUCUGAGGAGCAGUGCCUGUACCAGAUUUAUGUUGACGAGCUCUACGGUGGCCUGCAGAGGCCAAAUGAAGACGAGAAGAAAAAGCUCGCAGAAAAGAAGGCGUCUAUUGGCUACACGUACGAGGACAGCACCGUGACCGAGCCGGACGGGCAGUCAGACAAAGGGGAGGACGAGGACUCUGAGAACAGCGAAUCGGAGGAGGAUGAGGGAAUCCCCGACAUUGAUGUGGAGGUGGACGUGGAUGAGCUGAACCAGGAACAGGUGGAGGAUCUUAACAAGAUGGCCACGCCUUACGGGAUGGCUGAAGGAGACUUUGUCAGGAUGCUGAGGAAGGACAAAGAGGAAGUUGAGGCCAUAAAACAUGCCAAGGCCCUGGAGGCGGAGAAGGCCAUGUACUCGGGCCGACGGUCUCGCCGACAGAGGAGGGAAUUUAGGGAGAAGAGACUGAAGGGAAGGCAGAUCAGCCCCCCCAGCUAUGCCAGGAGAGACAGCCCGACCUACGACCCCUACAAACGCCCCCAGUCGGAGUCGAGCUCGGAGUCGCGCUCCCGCUCCCGCUCCCCAGGGAACGACAAGAUCACCUUCAUCACCAGCUUCGGCGGCAGCGAUGAGGAGGGUGCCCCGCCCGCGCCGGCCCCGCCCGCCCACGCCGGCCACGCCCCCAGCAACUCCCAGCACCACCCCGCAGGUCAUAGCAGGGGCUCCCGCAGACGCCGCUCCUCCUCCAGCCCUUCCUCCUCCUCCUCCUCCUCUUCCUCCUCGCGCUCCAGCUCCCGCCGCUCUUCGUCACGCUCCUCCUCGCGCUCACGACGGGGCCGUCGCCGGGGAGGGAGGGACGGCCGCCGCUCCCGCUCCCGCUCCCGGCGUUCCGGGUCCCGCUCCCGGCGUUCCGCGUCCCGCUCCCGGCGCUCCGCGUCCCGCUCCCGGCGUUCCGGAUCCAGAUCCCGCCGUUCCGGAUCCAGAUCCCGGGCCCGCGGGGGCGGGGCGGGGGCCGGGGCCCGCAGGCGAUACGGGCGGAGCCGCUCCCGCUCUGGCGACAGGGGCCGGCGCCACGCCCCCCGCAGGCGCACCAGAUCCCGGUCCGGUUCCCGCCUGGGCGAUCGUUUCAGGCGCGGGGGCCGCGGGCCCGGGCCCCGGCGGGGGGGCAGCAGCAGCCGGAGCCCCUCCCAGUCCCCCCCGCCCAGCCGCUCCCCGUCCCCCGCCCCCCGACACGGCCCGCCCGCAGCCCUGGCUCUCUGUGACAAGCUGAGAAAGCCUGAUACUCCGGGUGGUAAAGAGACGGGAGCUGCCAAACCCAAGAUGACCCCCCAGGAGAAGCUGAAGCUGCGGAUGCAGAAGGCUCUCAACAAGCAAUCCAAGGCGGAUAAGAAAGCCGCGCAGGUGAAGGUGCAGCAGCAGGAGUAUAAGAGACAGGAACGAGAGGGCGAGCUCAGAGCCAUGGCACGCAAGAUCCGCAUGAAUGUUGGGUGUUCCAGGGAACGGGAGCGGCGUGAGAAGGAGAGGGACGAAUGGGAAAGACAGUAUGGGAGACAGAGCCAUUCCCCCUCCCCGAUUCCCAAAUACAGUCGCGAUUACAGUUCAUCCAGAAGCCCUCCUCUCUCCCCCUCUCUGUCCAGGAGGUCUCGUUCUCGCUCAAGGAGCCCGUACUACCGAUACUGAGCCCCCCCC